CCAUGCUGUCUUCACUAUUUUUUCACACAAGAACAACAAUCCCAAAUUCCAACGAUCUUCAAUUCUCAAAGCUUCAUAGUGCCCUUACAAUUGGGACAUCAGCCCUUAAUUUUAAGGUCAAUUCUCAGCCAACACCCCCUCUGAAAGGUCAUCUCCGAAACCGAUCCGUCCCAAGAUCUCAGUCUUCUUCAGACCCACAAAGCUACGAAGAAGGAGAUGAAGAAACCCUAGUUCAAGACUUGAGGGUGCCAGACCAUUGGUUGAAUCCUUCCAAGGCCUUGGAGGAAUCAGAGUGGCUUAGAGUUACUCUGCAUAAGUGGUUGGAUGAUGAGUACUGUCCUGAGGCAACCAACAUUGAAAUCAGCAGGGUUGCUGCCAACUCAUACUACAGAAGUUUAGUAGAGAAACAAACUGAUCUGGGUGAGAUUCUGUUGAAGAUGGCCAGAGAAUUGGAAUCCAUUUCCUAUCAAGAAAGCUUCCAUGGAGCUUUCUCAUCAGCAAAUGCAGCAGUUGAUCUAAUUGCCCAACGGAUUGAACAGGAUUAGUUGUUUGACUAAUCCUUAGGAGUUUUAAACUAUUAUAACAAGGACCACAGACUGGAAGCAACCAGGAGGCACCGAGAGGUACUGAUUUAUAUUGCAAUAGUAAGAGUAUUUUCUUCACUACUUGAAACUCUACUAUUAUGCAUGUUCUUUGAUUUCUGUUAUCAAUAUGGAGUAAAGAGAAAAACAAGUCACCAAUGGGGAAGUAUCUUAUAUUGCAACUAUUAGGGUGAAAACAUUUAUGUUGAUUGGAGUAGAAGUGGUUAAAUAAUAUCUACACAGUUGGAAGCGGAUUUUUAUAGUAAUGGUUAACUCUCAUCUUUUAAAUGACACGAAGAAAUUUAUAAUUUGUAUACCGAUUGUGUCCAUUCAUUUGAGAGCAAAGUGUCACCCUCACUUGUUCUUUUAUAAAGAACAAGAAGCUUUUGGACACAUCUCUACAAAUAGACAAGCGUAAAGAAUUCUAGAGAAGUUUAAAAACAUCCAAACAUCUCUGUACAUAGAUGUGAGAAGAUAGAGUAGUGUGGAGAUUUUUAAAAAGUUCCACUACUUUUCUUGUACAUAGAAUGAAUUUGUAUAAGAAAUUCUAAAGACUUGUAGAGAUGUAAGUAACUCUUCCUGAGAGUUUCCUUAGUGCUUAUAAAUAGAUGAUGAUCUUAUUUGAUUAAGGGACUAAACACGUAGUAUAAUUGUGCAAUAUAAGUUUCAUUCGUCCAAACUCUCUUAAGUAAUAUUCUUUAAAUGAUUUGUACAACAUAGAUAAAAGAAAAAAUAAUAGAGUGAACUAAUAUCUAUGGUAGAAUACUUUAAUAUUAUGCUUUAGUGCUUCAACUUUAAUAUUUUUAAAUUUUCAUUGCAUUUCAAUAUCGUGUCUAAAAUUUUUCAAUGUAACAUAUGGUAAUACUUGUUUGAAUAGAUCUAUUUGUAUUUGUUGAACAUUAAUUCUACUAUGGUAAAUACAUAUGGAAUCUACCUUUAUAAGGUUGUAAAAGAUGAGCUAUCAUUUGUAUUC